ACAUUCACACGCCUGUUCCUUUUCUGUUGUUUUGUUUUACCAACAUCUAGCAGCAGCUACAAUUAGCCAAUAACACAAGAAGCAAGAGGUAGCUAUGCGCCUGUUUUAAUUUGAUACUUAGCUACUAAGACAUCUCCAAGUGAACUGACAGCAUAAAGUAAGGAUGGCCCAGUGGGACAGACUGAGGCAGCUACCUGUUGUGUACACACAGCAGCUACACGAGCUCUAUGACAGGGAUGCUUUACCUAUGGAUGUUCGGCACUACCUGUCUGCAUGGAUAGAGAAGCAGGAGUGGCAGCGAGCAGCUCGGGACCAUGACUUGGCUGUGGUGCUGUUACAGGUCCUGCUGGAGAAUCUGGACAUCCAACACAGCCGCUUUGUCCAGGAGGAAUCAUUCUUAAUGCAGCACAACAUAAGACGCUAUAAACAGAACUUUCAGAGGUACCUGGAAGACCCAUGUGCAUUGGCAAGCACAAUCCUCUGGUUUUUGGAGAAAGAGAAGGAAAUUCUGCAGACUGCUGAUCUGGCCGAACAGGUCCAGUCUUUGCAUGUAGAGCAGGAAGCCAUGGAGACAAGCAGCCAGCAGGACCUUGAGCGUAAAAUGGCGGGCCUCAGGAAUGAAGUCCAGUGCAUGGAACAUACAAUGAUAUGUCUGGAGGAGCAGCAAGAUGAGUUUGAUUUCAAAUACCAAACCCACAAGAUGGAAGCUGUGGUAGAUGAGGCUGUGAGGAAAACUCAAAUCAGAGUUCUUCAGUCACUUGUCAACAGACUGAACGAUUGUAGAAAGAGCACGCUGUCAGACCUAAAUAAACUCCUGGACAGGACUGAAGACCUAAUUGACAUAUUGGUGAAGAAGGAGCUGGUGGAGUGGCAGAGGAGGCAGCAGAAGUCCUGCAUCGGUGCUCCAGAUGACGUUUGCCUUGAUCAGCUGGAGAAGUGGUUCACCUGUGUGGCAGUGUGUCUGUUCCAGGUGCGGGAGUUCCUCAGUAAGCUGGAGGAGCUGGUAGGAAAAGUGUCCUAUGACAACGACCCUGUGAAGUCCCAGAGACCCACACUGCAGAGGAGAACAGAUGCUCUACUGAAUGACUUACUCAAGAGUUCCUUUGUGGUUGAGACUCAGCCAUCCAUGCCUCAGGGGAAAGGCCCUCUAGUUCUCCGCACAAAUGUCCAGUUCUCUGUCAAAACCAGACUUCUUGUGAAGUUUCCUGAGCUGAACCACUCCAUGAAAGUGAAUGUAUCCAUGGAGAGGGAGGCUCCUCAGAUCAAAGGAUAUCGACGUUUUAACGUCCUGGGGACCAAAACCAAGGCUUUGAACAUGGCGGAGAGCCAGAGUGGAGGCAUGGUGGCUGACUUCAGACAUCUGACUCUGAAGGAGCAGAAGUCUGGGGGUGGCAACAAAGGAGGCAGUGAUAUUCCUCUCACUGUUACAGAGGAGCUGCACAUCAUCUACUUUGACACUGUAUUUGAGCUGAAAGGCCUGUCGGUUCAGUUGCAGGCCUCCUCCCUCCCAGUGGUCAUUAUCUCAAACUCCAGCCAGCAGCAGAGUGCCUGGGCUUCUAUCCUCUGGUUCAAUAUGCUCAGUCUGGACACCAAGGACGUCAUGUUCUUUGCCAACUGUCCCGCAGCCACUUGGCCCCAGUUUGGAGAGAUGUUGAGCUGGCAGUUUCUCUCUGCCACUAAACGUGGUCUGAAUGCUGACCAGCUGCAAAUGAUUGCACACAGACUCUUUGGAAAGCAGAAGGACUAUGACACCUGCAAAGUCGCUUGGUCAAAAUUUAGCAAGGAGAAUUCUCCUGACACUUUCUGGGUGUGGUUUGAUGGCAUCCUGGUGAUGGUGAAAACAUUCCUUGAAGACCUAUGGAGGGAUGGCCUCAUCAUGGGUUUUGUGAGCAAAGGCAAAGAGAAGUCUCUACUGAAGAAAAAACAGAGGGGCACGUUCUUGUUGCGCUUCAGUGAAAGUGUCAUCGGUGGAAUCACUUUCUCCUGGGUGGAUAUUGAUGAUUUUGGUCAGCCAGAUGUGAAGACAGUCCAGCCCUUCACCAAAGUUGACCUUACCCAGAUCCCCUUCCAUGAAAUCAUCAGGAACUUCCAGAUCUUAGAAGCUGAAAAUAUCCCAGAAAAUCCUCUUCUUUAUCUGUAUCCCAACACCCCUAAAGAUGAGGCUUUCAGGAAAUACUACUCUGAGAAGACUGGAGAUGACAGUCCCUACAUCAAGUACAUCAAAACCAAGUUGGUGUUUGUUUCAAAAGAGAACACACUGGAGGCUAGGUCACUCGUGUCCUCUGACAUGGCACAGGGUGAAGGCCUGGAGCCAGUGAAUGGCCUGUGUGGAGAGGCAGCUGAACAAAGCGAGAAUCCUUCACCUCUGGAAACCUAUCACCCUGAUCCCCUGCUGUCUGGCCCUGAUGAGCCUCCACAGGAAUUACUGAUGUAUCUCAACAAUCCCAACAUCUUUAUGGACUCUGACAUGUUUGAAGAUGACCCGGGGCAGCCUGAUUUCAGUCUUCAAGAAUUCGGUUUCCUGCCCCCACAAACCUGUGGAAGCAUGUACCAAUGAGCAUCUGUUGUGUAUAUGGAUAUUAACCAAACCACUCUAUCACUCAUCGUCAGCUUUACUCUCUGCUAUUUACGUCGCAACAAUCAAUGUCACAAAACUCCUGCUGAUACCAUAAUAGUUUGCUUUGAAUAUUGUUCUUAUGAAGUACCUGACAGCCCCUCUGAUAAUCCUGUUAGUCAAUAUUAAUAAAAUAGAAUAGCUUUUUCGGAUCAGCAAUUAGGGUUGGUAUGUUUCUUUAAAUUAUUUAAUCCUAACCAUUGUAUGUCAUUUUCAUCAUUAAUCAUGUUUUAUAAUGUUAAUCAUUGUUAAAAAUGAUUCUGUGAAGCUAUUUGAAGACAAAAAAGAGAGAUAAUUGAAUGAGAUGGAGUCCUAGCCACUCCCCUGGGGCCCUGUUAUUUAAACCCUUUUUUAUUAGAAGUAUAGCAGAGUACAUUGCGUAGACUGCACAUAACUUAUUUUUUGUUUGUUUGUUGUGAGUCCCUUUAUGAUUUUAAUGUUGCUGCCUUCAUCAUGUGACAAACUACUAAAACAUGGUACUGCCUCCUUUUUUAGUUAUAUGCUUCUAUAUUGACCUGCUCAUUCAAACCAUAAUAAAGUAGUAUUAUCAAUAAAAGGGAAAUGACCUGC